AUGCGGCUCAGUUUUCUGGCGCUUAUAAGUGUGGCCUGUGCUCGCAACACAACGGUGACCUGGUUCUUGGAGCAAAACAAUCUGGCAGCGACGCCGGAUCUACCUCGCACCAGCAGCGCAACUGUUCGCUACUUCGGUGACUUCGACACCAGGGAGGAGUGCGCUGCAGCCUGUGUGGCGGAUAAGACAUGCUUCACCUUCAAGUAUCACCUGAAGACUUUUGGCGAGCCUUGGGCCAAAGGCUGCUAUGGACACUUGGGUGAGUGGCAGUUGAAGCUCGUAGCCUGGAAAGGCAUAGAGAGUGGCACUCUGGGUGCACCACCACCGCCAGCACCCUGCAAAAGCGAGUUCGACUGCCUGCUGAACGGUCAGUGCGUGGCAGGAGUGUGCAGGUGCUACUCUGGCUGGAAGGGGCUCAGCUGUGGCAGCCUGGAUCUCCUCCCUCUGAAGAGCAAGCUGGCACCCUCCUACGGACGGCCACCCUCCGCCGAGGCUCCCGGAUUGGCUUCCUGGGGUGCCUCAGUCAUCCAGGAUCCGAAGAACAAGUCGCGCUGGCACAUGUUCGUCGCUGAGAUGUCGGGCGCCUGUGGCCUCGAUUCCUGGUUUCGCAACAGCGUCAUCGUGCAUGCCACUGCAGACACACCAUAUGGCCCCUUCAAGCGAGAGCAAGAGUUGAUGCCCUACUUCGCUCACGAGCCCGUGCUGCUAACGCUCCCAGGCGGUGGCUAUGUCAUCUACAAGAUCGGCUGUGGCGACGGAGCCAUAACGGGCUCAGAAGGCACUGGGCUUGUGGGCCCAUGCACAGGCUGCAGCAAUGGCACCACGGAAGGGCUGUGUCCCGGUUGCGCCCAGUCCUACGAGCAGGUUUGCCAAGACGUGCUUUACUCGGACAGCUUGGAGGGACCUUGGGCUCGAAAGAACCUGACUUUGAAGCCCUGGGAUUGGCAAAGGCUAAACCUUGGUCUUGAGUCCCACGCUCCGAUCGUCUUUCCGAAUGGGACGGUGCUUACCUUCACGAGGGCGUGGGGCUCCAGUGAGCCGUCUUCCCAGUCUCCCAUUUUCCUUGUGAAAGCAGACCAUUGGGAGGGACCUUACAGCUUGUUCCGCGACGACUGGGCGCCAGCGCCGGUGUUCCCCUUCGGUGUCGAGGAUAGCUUUAUGUGGCGAGAUGCUCGGGGCAACUUCCACGCACUCUUCCACGCAUGGGACAAGAUCGGAGGUCACGCGUACUCCAAGGACGGCCUGCGUUGGGAGUACGCCAGCGUGCGCGCUUACAGCACCGAAGCAGAGCUUGAGGAUGGUGGUUCUGUGACGUACUGGAGGCGUGAACGACCUCGGCUGAUCUUCGACGAGUUCGGAGAGCCCACUCACUUGAUCAACGGGGCAUCGUACAGAGGUGGAGCGACUCCCACAGGUGACUGGUCUUUCACUUUGGUGCAGGGCAUCCGAACCUCGCGGAACGUUCUGGUUGUCUGA